GUGAGAAGUUAGUUGCGAUUUUACCCUUGUAUAGAAAACUGACCGACGAUUCUUUUAAAAAACAUUGCCCCCAGAAUCUUCCUCAUCCCCGAAAAAAUCAUUUCCCAAUACGCCUCAUCAACAACGACCCUUGCUCUCUCCUCCUCCGCACGUGCGAUCUAGCUUCCAUCGAAGCGAAUCCAACUCCGCCGCUUUCGUCUAUCAAGUCAUCGGACCAGUCUCCGGUUCGUGCGAACUAACAAACCAUCACGUGCAGAGCAAACCAAAUGUCAGGAGCAAUGGCGGCGGCGGCGGAGACGGCGGCGAGUGAUGGGCUGAAGAAGGGAAUCGCCGAGUUCUACGACGAGUCAUCGGGGCUCUGGGAGAAUAUCUGGGGUGACCACAUGCACCAUGGAUACUACGAUAAGGGCGUGUCUGCCGAUAUAUCGGAUCACCGAUCGGCUCAGAUUCGGAUGGUUGAGGAGGCGCUCAGAUUCGCCGGCGUGAAUUCAGAUGAUUCCUCGGAGAAACCGAAGAAGAUUGUUGAUGUUGGAUGCGGGAUAGGUGGAAGCUCUAGGUAUCUAGCAAAGAAAUAUGGCGCCGAUUGCUGUGGCAUCACUUUGAGCCCUGUCCAAGCUCAAAGAGCACAAGCACUUGCCGUUGCUGAGGGGCUAGCUGACAAAGUGUCCUUCCAAGUUGCAGAUGCAUUAAACCAACCCUUCGCAGAUGGGGAAUUUGAUCUGAUAUGGUCCAUGGAAAGCGGCGAGCAUAUGCCCGAUAAGACGAAGUUUGUUAGCGAAUUGGCACGCGUUGCCGCUCCUGGGGCUACGAUAAUAAUAGUAACAUGGUGCCACAGAGAUCUCUCCCCUGACGAAGUCUCUCUGAAGCCGGAGGAGAAGAACCUCCUAAAUAAAAUAUGUAGCGCAUACUACCUCCCAGAUUGGUGUUCAGCUGCUGAUUAUGUAAAAAUUGCUCAAUCCUUAAAUCUCCAGGAUGUUAUGACAGCUGACUGGUCAGAGAAUGUAGCGCCUUUCUGGCCUGCGGUCAUCAAAUCUGCUUUAACCUGGCGAGGAUUCACUUCUUUGAUGCAAUGUGGAUGGAAAACCAUAAGAGGAGCAUUUGCGAUGCCUCGGAUGAUUGAGGGCUACAACAAGAACCUAAUCAAGUUUGCAAUCAUUACAUGUCGCAAACCAGAGUAGUAGCUUCAUUAUUCAUCAUUUGAAGUUGUCUGUGACUAGUUGGAACCAUGAAAAUGCUGUAAUUCAUCAGGGAUUUUUUGGUACGCUUCAGCGAGCAUUAGAUGGUGAAGUUGUUUCGACUCUUUAGAAAGUUGCAGAGGAAGAUUUUAUAUGUAGCGGGGAAUCUGUAACCUGGCUUAUGAAUAAUUUGACAGCAGCUUAUGCGUGCUUUUCAAUGAAGUGAACUAAAGAGCUUGACAAGUUAAUAUUAGCAAGAAACUAGUCACUAUUUGCA